AUGACAGCCUUCAAGGGAAUAUGGACCAGAGAAUUCUGGACUUCAAUGGCUGGAGAAUUCUUAGCGGUCUUCUUAUUUUUGGUAAUUAGUUUGGGAUCCACAGCAAAUAUGAAUGUAACAGGAAACAGUGAAACCCACAUUGCCUUCUGCUUUGGACUGAGUAUUGCCAUAUUAAUUCACUGCUUUGGACAUAUAUGUGAAGCUUUCCUGAACCCUGCGGUAGCAAUGGCCAUGAUAUGUACCAAGAAAAUUUCAGUGGCAAAAGGACUCUUCUAUGUUCUCGUUCAGUGCCUGGGGGCAAUAGCUGGAGCUGGAGCAGUGGCCCUCAUUACCCCACAAGAGAAAUGGCCAGUCGGUGUCACCAAGGAGAAUGUGACUAUCUCACACGGACAAGCUCUCCUGGUGGAAACGAUCAUCACUUUUCAGCUGGUCUUCACAAUUUUUGCUUCAUGCGACAAGAAAAGGACUGAUAUUAAAGUCCCCAUUCCUCUAAUCAUUGGCUUUUCAGUUACCAUUGGACAUCUUUUUGCAAUUCAGUACACGGGUGCCAGCAUGAACCCAGCACGAUCACUAGCAACAAGUCUUGUGUUUAACCAGUGGGAAAGCCAUUGGAUUUAUUGGAUUGGUCCAGUGAUGGGUGGUGUCCUUGCUGCUUUUAUCUAUCAAUAUUUAUUCUGCCCCGAUCCUGAGAUUAAAUUUCGAGCUAGCUUUAAGAGACCUCGAAAUGAAGAUGAAUCUGUUCAGUUGACAGUGGUGCCUGGAGGAGAAUAUAACAAGCUGACAUCCAGUGACACAUGA